CAACUGCAGCGUCCUUCUUUAAGUCGAUAGUGUAGCCAUUGAGAAAUCUUAACUUAAAGUGUGCUAAAUUUACAAAUUGACAAUGGAAAAUAUUAAGUUUAUCUUUAGAUACUUCUCUCUGUGGAUGUAUUAUGCAGCGGGUCAGAGGAUAAUGUGCAAUAACAUUCCAUCGACCUGGACAGACGCUAUGUCCCGUUGCCAGAUGGUUGAAGGUAGUCAGGUGAUACCCGAUUCCGUUCAUGGACCUUUUAUUCAAUCAGCAAAAAACUCAUCUUUCUGGAUUGGAAAUUUCAUAUCCAGAGAACUCAGCACGAAUGUUGGGUUUGACCAUAAACCUGUGGCAGACGUAUGUGAAUAUAAAACGACAUCAGGAACUGCAGAUUGGAGCGAUGUAAAACUUGGAAACUGCAGUGAUCUGCAUAGCUAUGUUUGUUGUCAAAGUACAAUACUUGGGAAAUCGAAUAUCGAAGAAUGCAUCAAAACAGGAACGUAUCUUCAGGCUAGCUCAUGCCUGCAAACCUACGUUCAAACAACAUUGAAUUUCCCCAAAGGUUCCUACUGGGUUAGAAGCAACUACAGCUAUACAGUACGCGACUCUUCAGGACCGCAUGAAGAGCACUUCAAGUGUGGACGAAUAAAUGGAAUGGAUUUAAAUAUAACUUUCGAUAACUGCUCAAAUAUGCUGCCAUCUUUAUGCAAUUUUUCAUCUUCAUAUAUAGUUAAUACAACUUCUGAAUAUACAGAGUGUAUACAUGUAUGGACCACAGUGACUGAAACCAAUGUCACAAGACCCCCGAAUACUUCCGAGAAAACGACAAACACGGACGAUUUGAUUAAACGAUUUAGCUGGAUUACACAAUCGACAACAUAUGCCAGUCGGUCACAUGGAAUCGAUACUACAUUGCCACCUAGCGCCUCUACAGUAGCAUCUUCCACAUUCGCAAGCUACAAACCACAUAAAACGCAGUCUGCACUUUCACGUGUGAUCACUGUUGGUUUCACUACUAUUCGAUCCUCCAAAUCAACGCUCACUUUAUCGAAACCUUCAUCUGAAUUUAACGAUUCAGUCGGAAUAAUUACAAUUGCACCAAAUGAACCAUUUGAAGCAUCCACGACUAAAUCAGCGUUAGCGAUUGGCCUCAGUAUAGGAAUUGUGACUGUUGUUAUUUCCGGAAUUACACUUGCAUGUAUAUUAUUACGAAGAAAGGCCGAUCAUAGCAGUGAAGAACACGAAUUGAGUGAAGUACAUGGCAGGAAACCGGACGAAUAUGAUAGGACAAUCUAUAAAACAAGUGAUUUUGUAGUCGGGUCAGAAGAUUCAGGUUGUUCAAGAUGCUGCCUGUUCAAGGGACGCUGAUUUAUUCAACAUUGCAAACAAUUAUUGAAGACAAGUUUCAACUGCCUUCCGCAAAUCUGUUGUAGUAUAACCGUGUGAAUUAGAAUCUUGCUGUAGCCGAAGUGUAGUGACUGACCCAAAUCAAAUUCAAAUAAUACUUUACUGAAACACACGUAUCCCGGAGUAUGUGCACAUUGCAAGGACCCAGGAAUCAAUCAAUGUAAAUAAUAAUGAUCGAUGUAGUUUGGGAUGUUUAAAGAAAUGCAUAUGGUUUAUCUUUGUCUGUAUCAGCAGAUCAGUGUUUUUCUCCCAAAACUAGCAUAUUCUAUAAAACUUAUAUUUAAACAUUACACUCGGCAAUCGCCAGUUGACAUGUGGCAGAUAUAGAUAAGGUAAUAAUCAUGGAAUACAACACACAAAACCCAUGCAUGGGCGAGGCAUUCCAUUGUCUAAGUCGUGAAGCAAUUCAGUUUUAAGUGUUUAUGCAAUAAUACGUUCUUGGGAAUAAAACCUUUUUAAUUAACGUGUAUCCCAUGUGCAGAUGACAUUUUUUAAUAUAACGAUUUACAAUUUUCACAAAUUAAUAAUUUGGAACAAAGUCCAAUCAUAUUGAGACAAUGUUCAUAUUUAAAUAUUGAUUGAAUUGAGUUCUGAUGAUUAUUGUGCUAUUGUAUAUAAACAUAUAAUAAUAAUAUGACUAACAAAGAAUCUAUAAAUAACACAAAAACCCAUUGCUAUUUUGAGCUUAUCAGAACCGUUCAGGUUAAAUAAGCAGCGAGUUGAUAAUUAUUCAGUUUAUGAUACGAUAUGGUCCCGCUUAGAUCAAAAUUAUACAUGUGUAUGCUUUCACAUCUAAAGAUGCCCAGCCUUUUGUAUUUUAUCAUAUCACUGGAAUGUAA